UGUGGAAAACCCCAGUACUUACAGAACUAAGCAGCAUCGAUCGUUGUUUCAAUGUUGUCGACAGCGACAAUAUCACACAACGUCCACUCGGCUUCAGCAGUAGCCCAGAUUGGCCGAGCUACCUUUCCCCUGGCUCAUGCCAGGAAUGCCAUUCCGAGACAUCGAGCGGCACUCUGGAUCGCUUCAGCCAAUUACUCCUCCACAACAGGGACGCCGUCACGCCCCUUCUCAUCACAAAGCCAGAGCCGCCCCAUCGGACCGUUCAGCUUCAUCAGCCCAGUCCCUCGCAAUGCCAGGAAACUGGCCUCUGCACGAGAGUUCUCAACAACGCGUAUAGCUCAACUCCGUGAUUUCUUUCCAGCCCAGGAGACGAAAUUCAUUCGCCAGACGCCACCCGCCUGGGUACACCAUGGCUAUACGGAAGAGGAAAUGCUGAACGUCCAGCCAGCCCAUCGAGAACCGAAAACCAUGGGCGACUGGUUUGCCUGGAAACUCAUCAGAUUCUGCCGAUAUUGGAUGGAUGUGGCUACAGGCCUCCGCUCAGAACAACAGGUCGACAAGAAGAAUCCUACCACAGCAGUCGAAGCGGCCAGGCCCUUAACGGAAGCCCAAUGGCUCGUUCGGUUCGUAUUCCUCGAAUCCAUCGCCGGCGUCCCUGGAAUGGUUGCUGGCAUGCUGCGGCAUCUUCGGUCUCUUCGCCGGAUGAAGCGCGACAACGGCUGGAUCGAGACACUUCUGGAGGAGUCGUACAACGAGCGGAUGCAUCUCUUGACGUUUAUGAAGAUGUGCGAACCCGGCUGGUUCAUGAAGACCAUGAUCCUGGGCGCCCAAGGCGUCUUCUUCAACGCCCUAUUCUUCUCGUAUCUGAUCUCGCCCAAGAUCUGUCAUCGCUUUGUCGGCUAUCUGGAAGAAGAGGCCGUGCACACUUAUACCAGAUGCAUCCGCGAGAUCGACCAGGGAAUGUUGGACAAGUGGAGUAGUAAGGACUUCAAAAUCCCCGACAUGGCCGUGCAAUACUGUUAGUUUCCCUUGCUUCAAAUCUUGGGGUAGAGAACUUUGUCUCCAUCCUUUGUUGGUAAGAAUUCCACGACGCUGACGACGACAAAACCCAACAGGGAAUAUGCCCGAGGGGAAGAGAACAAUGAAAGAUUUGAUCAUGUACAUCCGGGCCGACGAAGCCGUCCACAGAGGAGUCAACCAUACACUGAGCAACCUGAGCUAUAAAGAGGACCCGAACCCGUUUGUCAGCGACUACAAGACGGAAAUGGGAGGCCACAAGCCCAAAGCGGUGCUAAAGCCAACCGGUUAUGAACGUAACGAGGUUAUUGGUUAGAAUCGUAGACGAUACACCAGAUUGUCUCUGCUAGAAGGAAGAACGUUUCCAUCC